AUGGCGAGGCGUGGGGCGCCGCUCCGCGCGGGGGCCGUGGCGGGGCUCUGGCUGCUCCUGGCCCCCGGCCUCGCCGCCGCGCCGGGGGUCACCUUGGCCUUCGUGUUCGACGUCACUGGCUCCAUGUACGACGACCUGGUGCAGGUGAUCGACGGCGCCUCGCGCAUCCUGCAGCGGACGCUCGGCGGCGCGAAGCCCGUCCGCGACUACGCGCUGGUGCCCUUCCACGACCCAGAGGUGGGCCCGGCGACCCUCACCACGGACCCCCGGCUCUUCCAGCAGCGCCUCCAGGAGCUCUACGUCCAGGGCGGAGGAGACUGCCCAGAGAUGAGUGUUGGGGCCAUCAGGUUGGCUGUGGAGGUCUCGCACCCUGGGUCCUUCAUCUACGUCUUCUCGGAUGCCCGGGCCAAGGACUAUGAGCAGCAGGAGGAGCUGCUGCAGCUCCUGCAGCGCAAGCAGUCCCAGGUGGUGUUUGUGCUGACGGGGGACUGCGGGGACAGGAGCCACCCUGGGUACCAAGUGUACGAGCGGAUUGCGGCCACCAGCUCUGGGCAGAUCUUCCACCUGGACAAGCAGCAGGUGAAGGAGGUGCUCAAGUGGGUGGAAGAGGCCAUCCAGGCCUCCAAAGUCCACCUGCUGUCCACAGACCAUGAGGUUGGCGGGGAGCAUACUUGGCCUGUGCCCUUUGACUCCAGCCUGAAGAAGGUCACCAUCUCCCUGAGUGGCCCUGCUCCAGAGAUUGAGAUCCGGGAUCCUGCAGGAAAGGUCCUUGAGGAAGGCCAAGACCUGAUGGAACUCCUCAGCAUCCCAAACUCGGCCAAGGUGGUGACCACAGAGCCCCGUGAGCCAGGGAUGUGGUUGGUCAAGACCCGGAGCAGUGGCCGCCAUUCAGUGAGGAUCACAGGUGUCAGCAAUGUUAACUUUCAAGCUGGCUUCUCAACCCAGCCUGACUUUGACCCCAGCCAGCCUGGCGAGCGGCCGGUGCAGGGCCUUCCCAUCUCUGUGGGAGUGAACUGCACUGGCCUGAAGCCGCCUGGACACUUGCAGGAGAUUGAGCUCAUCAAUGGCUCAGGCCACUCACUCCUCUCAGUCCCCAUGCGGCCUGUCCUCAACGCCUCCUCCGGGCAGCUCUGGGUGGGCUCACAGCUCCGUGCACCCCCAGGGGAUUUCCUGCUGAAGGUGAAGGGUGAAGAUGCCCAGGGAUACCCCUUGCACCGUCUAUCUGGGGUCACCUACACUAGUGUGGUCCCUGGUCUACCCAAGGUGAACAUCUCCAGCAAAAUCCAGGCUUAUAAUCGUGAGCCUCAGCUGAUCUCCUGCUCCGCACAGAGCGAAAUCCCUUUCCGCCUGCAGCUCAGCCGGGGUGGGAAGAAGCUUGGUGAAGGUGGGAUCUUCAGAGGUUUGGGGAACAGCAGCUGGCUAAUUCCCACAGUCUCCAAGAGCGAUGAAGGAUUUUAUGAGUGCACAGCCACAAGCAAGAUCGGGGCAACACGGGCUCGCACCUUCGUCUCUGUAGCAGAACCACCACCACGUCUCAAAGCCCCUGGGAACAUCACAGCUCUGCCUGGCCAGGAUGUAGUGUUGUCCUGUGCUGUUCUGGGUGAUGGCCUGUACAAUCUGACCUGGAGCUUGAAUGGGAAGGCAGUGCAGCUGGAGGACAGCAGAUCGAGGCUUCUGCAGAACCACUCACUGGAAAUCAGCAAUGUGCAGCCGGGGGAUGGGGGCCAGUAUGAAUGUAUCGCACAUAAUGCUCACGGUGCUGCCAGUGUCUCCAUCUGGCUCUUCGUCCACGAGGCACCAUGGGUGAAGGUGGACUCGAGCCCCCAGCGGUUCACCAAGGGUGAAGAGCUGAAGCUGAACUGCACAACAGGAGGCCACCCCCCACCGCGGACUAUCUGGAAGCAUUGGGGCAGGACCCUGGAGGAGGACGAGAGGGUUUUUGUCGAUGCGCAGGGUACUCUGCACAUCACAGUCGCAGUCCCGGCGGACGCGGGGAGCUAUAGCUGCCGUGCCAGCAGCCCGCUGGGUUGGGACGAGCGAGCUGUGGCUCUGGAGUACAUCGAGCCUCCUGCCAUCCUGGCAGCGACACCCGCGGUGAAGGCCCUGGCUGGAGAAGAUGUGGUCCUGGAGUGCUGGGUUUCAGGAGUCCCCCCACCCCGGAUCGUCUGGUACAAAGGUGAGCAAGAGCUGGUGGUGUCCCCCGGCGGCAUGCAGCGCAGCGUCCUGCAGCUCCAGGCGGUGCGGGCAGAGGACUCGGGCGAGUAUAUCUGCGAGGCCCUCAGCGAAGCUGGUGUCUCCUUUGACGGCGUUGUGCUGGACGUGGGGUCUGCCCCUCAAUUUUCUGAGGGCCUGGAGGAUGUGUCGGUCGAGAUAGGGGAGAGCGUGAGCCUGCUGUGCCGCGUCGAGGGCUCUCCCCCACCAUUGAUUGCCUGGUCCCGGCAGGAUGGGAAGCCCAUGGUGGGCCAGCAUGGGCUUUUUGAUGUUUCCAGCCGGCUGGAGACCAAUGAGCUCUUCAUUGAGAGUGCUUCACUGGAUGACCAAGCUGUCUAUAUCUGUGAAGCCCAGAAUGAGUUUGGGAAGAUCCAAGCAGAGGUCAAGCUUGCCGUCACCGGACAAGCACCGGAAAUAGCUCUUGGACCUUCAGUGAUCCGUGCGCUUGGAGGUCAGCCUGUCUCACUGCCCUGCGUAGUCCUGGCUGGGAAGCCUUUCCCAGCACGCCGCUGGCUGAAGCGUGGUCAGCCGGUAACCCCAGGCACCCGCUAUUCCGUCCGUGCCGACGGGAGCCUCCACGUGGAGCAGGUGUCGCAGGAGGACGCAGGGAGCUACACCUGCGUGGUCACCAAUGCCAUCGGCUCGCACAGGCAGGAUGUGUCGCUGGUUGUCCAUGUUCCUCCUAGCAUUGAGCUGGGCCCUGCCCUCAUCACUGCCACGGAGGGAGUGGCUGUUACCCUGCAUUGCAAUGCCACAGGUGUGCCACCGCCUACUGUCACCUGGGCAAAGGGCACGGAGCCUGUCUCACAGAGCCACCAUUAUCAUCUUGGCAGCAACGGAACCCUCCUGAUCCCAUCACCCUACCCUGGAGAUGCUGGGACCUACUUCUGCACAGCUACCAACUCUGCAGGCUCUUCCAGCCAGGAGUUGCAGCUCUCCAUCAGCAUGAAACCCAGGAUCAGUGCGAAUGGAUCGCACGAGCUGUCAGACCCCAUAACGAUCCUGGCAGUUGUUGGACAGGAAACCAUCCUGCCCUGUGAAGUUCAUGGGUAUCCCGCUCCCUUGGUGGUAUGGACCCGGGAGUUCCAGCUGGUGCCUCUCUCCAACGCAAGGUAUAGUGUCCUCCCUUCAGGAUCCCUCCAGCUGUCUGAGCCCCAAGUGACAGACAAGGGCCUUUACACCUGCACAGCCACAAACGCUGCAGGGAAUGCCUCACUCAGCUACAGCCUGGAGGUUCAAGUCCCACCACGAAUCCGUCCUAUGCCCAAGGUCCUGCGGGUGCUGGCGGGUCUUCAUCUGGAGCUGCCAUGCAUGGCUCAUGGGGACCCUGUCCCCCACCUCAACUGGUCCAAGGAUGGCCACCCCCUGAGUGUGAGCCAGGGGGGCUUUCUGGAGGGGCCUGAUGGGACAAUCAGCAUCAGGGAUGUACAAGUCUCCAACUCAGGACAGUACCGUUGCAUUGCAAGCAACAGUGCAGGGCAAGAUGCUGCAGAGUUGGCUCUGGAAGUGCUAGAGCUCCCUUACCUGGAGGAUGAUGCAAAUGUCCUGCUGGAGAGGGUUCUCCAUGAGAAUGUCACCAUGCUGUGUCCUGUCAAGGGGACCCCCAUGCCGUCCGUCGUCUGGCUGAAGGACUCACUGGAGGUGUUGGGCAUCAUGCAGGGCACUGUGGUGCUAGAUGAAGGCUCGCUCAUGAUCCAAACUGUCCAGCCCAGUGACAGCGGGGUUUACACCUGCCUGGCAACAAAUGAAGUGGGGUCCGUGAGCCGAACAACCCAGCUGCUGGUGUACGCCCCACCAGAGAUGGCGGGAAGUGACCAUCGGGAGAACAUUUCCAUUGUGGCCAGCCAGCCCCUGACGCUAGAUUGCAAUGUUUCUGGCACCCCUGUCCCCACCAUUGUGUGGUACAAGGAUGAGCAGCUGGUGAGCGAAGGCAGAGGCCUCCGCUUCCUUCAUGGGGCCCAGGCCCUCCACUUCCCCAAGGUGCGGAAGGAAGAUGCCGGGUCCUACACCUGCAGAGCUAAGAACAAAGUUGGAGAGGCCCACAGACACUUCACCCUGCUUGUUCUAGUCCCUCCAACAGCGUCAGGGCCCCAGUGGCCUCUCAACGUCUCUGUGCCAGUGGGCUCCGAGGCAGUGCUGGAGUGUUGGACCUCGGGGGUGCCCCCGCCCCAGGUGGAGUGGCUGAAGGAUGGGCAGCCUCUCCCCGCACUGGACUCUCACAUCCAGCUCCUGGAGGAGGAUCAGGUCUUGAGGAUUGAGAACAGCCAGCCAAGCCACCAAGGCAGGUAUCAGUGCUUAGCGUUCAACCAGGCCGGCCAGCAUACAAAGGCUUUCCAACUGCACGUACUCACUCCCCCCUCCAUCCUGGACUCUAACGAGACGGCGGAGGUUACAGUGCUGCUGAACCACUCCAGUGAGCUGCCUUGCAAGGCACAGGGCUUGCCAGCUCCCAGCAUCACAUGGUUCAAAGACAGACGUCCACUUGUCUCUGGUGCAAAAACCGCCUACUUGAGAGAGGGAUACAUCCUGCAGCUGAACAUGGCCCAGGUGACAGAUGCGGGGCUGUACACUUGCCGGGCCACCAACCCCGCGGGCACAGCAGAGAGGGCUGUGAGGCUCGAGGUCUAUGUGCCACCAAAUAUUGACAGCAUGGUUGAUGAAGAUCAUGUGGUGGUGGUGGUGGGCCAGCCCUUGGAGCUCCACUGCUUGGCCAGUGGCAACCCCCCACCUGUCCUGACCUGGCUCAAGGAUGGGCUCCCACUGUCUGAAAGCACUGGGACCCUGCUUUUGGGCAAUGGCAUGCUGCUGAGAGUUGAGCAGGUUUCGGAGAGCUCAGCGGGGAUCUACACCUGCUUAGCCAGCAGUCCAGCAGGCGAGAGUGUGGUCCAGUACACAGUGAUAGUUCAGGCUCCCCCCCAGCUGCUGAUCAGCAAUGGGGAAAGCCAUGUGACGGCGGUUGCCAAUGACUCCCUGCAGAUUCGCUGCCACGCCAUGGGCUUCCCUGCACCCCAGGUCCAGUGGCUGAAGAAUGGUCACCCUCUAGAUGAGCUGGACGGAGUGGUGGUGUCUGAGGAUGGCAGGACUCUGGUGAUUCCCCAUGUGGGGCUCAGCGAUGAGGGGCUCUAUGUCUGCCAGGGCAGCAAUGAGGCAGGUGGAACCCAGGCGGAGGUGUGGGUAUUGGUGCAAGAGCGUCCAUCUGUCAGCAUCGUGGAGGGAGAGGGCCUCAGUGUGGCCCUCCGGCAGCCAGUGACCCUUCGAUGCCUGGCCACUGGCACUCCACCUCUACAGCUCAGCUGGUGGAAAGAUGGGGUCCUCUUGCCUGCCACAGGCCACCUUUUCCAGAUUGAGAAGGCUGACUUGAUGGAUGAAGGAGUCUAUUCCUGUGUUGCAGUGAACCUUGCCGGGCAGGACAAGCAAGAUGUGAUGGUGAAGGUCCUGGUGCCUCCAAACAUUGAACCUGGUGAGGUGAACGUGACUGUCCUGGAGAACGCCACAGCAUCUCUUCAGUGCCUGGCCUCUGGGGUGCCGAAUCCCGACAUAGCCUGGUACAAGGGGCCUGAGCAGCUCUUGGCCAGGCCAGGCCUCGUCCUGUCCAGAGAUGGGAAGCACUUGGAGAUCCAGCAUGCCCAGACCUCUGACUCUGGGAGCUAUCACUGCGUGGCCUCCAAUGAGGCUGGUAGCGCCGAGCUCUGGUACAGCCUGCAGGUGACCGUGCCCCCACGGAUCACAUCUGGCCCCAGCCCUGUGACAGUGGUGAUGAAUGAGCCGGUGAAUCUGGAGUGUGAUGCCACGGGGGUCCCUGCCCCAGUUUUGUUGUGGCUGAAGGACGGCAAUCCUGUGCCCAGCAUGGUGGUGGAUGGGCCACAGAUCAUCUCUGGUGGGCACGUGCUGUCCCUGCCAACCGCUCGCCUCCUGGAUUCGGGGACGUACGUGUGCGUGGCCAGCAGUGUUGUGGGAGAGGACAGGUGGGAGGCUGCCCUCGAAGUGCAAUUGCCACCCACUGCCCUGGGCAAAGAGCAGAACAUCUCCAUCCUUGUCAACCAGUCUGUGUCUCUGGAGUGCUUGGCCCCUGAGGUAUCUCCUCAUGGUUCCCGCUGGCUGAAGGAUGGGCACUUGCUCACACCAAAGCCAGGAGUGCAGCUGUCUGCGGAGGGGACCAUGCUCCAGAUCAAGAGAGCUGACGUGCAGGAUGCCGGCAGGUACACCUGCGAGAUGUCCAGCCACCUGGGCCACUCGGAGAAUCACUACAACCUUGAUGUGUGGGUGCCCCCAUCGUUCUCCUCGGCAGAGCCUGCUGCUGUGUCGGUGCUGGAAGGGCAGGUUGUUCAGCUGGUCUGCGAGUGCCAUGGGAUCCCCUUCCCCACUCUCACCUGGUGGAAGGAUGGCAAGAUCCUCGCCACCAAGCCAGGGAGUCCGGAGCUGGUCUCUGCAGGAGGGAGGAUGCUCUACAUUGAGAAGAUACGGCUGGUGGACAAGGGGUUGUACACGUGUGAAUGCAGGAAUGCUGUGGGCAGCAGCAGCAAGGAGUAUCACCUAGGGGUGCAUGCGCUGCCGAGGAUCCGAGGCAGCAGCAAAGCCCUGAGGAAGGUUUCUGUGGUCAAGGCUGGUGAGACGGUUUUGGAGUGCGAGGCUGUGGGAACACCACCACCCACCGUCACAUGGGUGAAAGAUGGGCAGCCUGUGGUGAAGGGGGACGGGCUUCUACUUACAGACCAGGGGAGGCGGCUGCGCAUCCUGAAGGCGGAGGUCACUCAUUCGGGACGCUACACUUGCCUGGCAACGAAUGCCGUGGGGCAGGAGGAGAGGGAGUUUGAUGUGGCUGUACAUGUUCCUCCGGAGUUCAUUCAAGGAGCAGGAUCAACAACCAACAUUAGUGUGUCUCUUCAUGGAGCCCUGAUGCUGACCUGCGAGGCCUCUGGUGUUCCCCCACCCACUGUCACUUGGUUCUGGAACGGCUCUCCCAUCAUUACGAGCAAGCACAUGCAUGUGCUCUCAGGGGGCUGGAUGCUGAGGCUUGCUCACACGCGAGCUCAGGAUGGAGGCCUCUAUUCGUGCCUGGCCAGUAAUGUGGCUGGAGAGGCCAGGAGGGAUUUCCACGUGGAGGUCCUUGUUCCUCCUCACAUUGAGGGUGUGGAUGAGGAAGAGAGCAUCAAAGUGCCCGAGGGUCACCCCGUCACCUGGUCCUGCCUGGCUACAGGCAACCCCCAGCCUAAGAUCACCUGGCUGAAAGAUGGCCAUCCCCUGACUAGCCGAGAUGUCUACUCCAUCUCCCCCGAUGGGUCUAUCUUGCACAUCACCCAGACCAGCCUUUCUGAUGCUGGCCGCUAUUCCUGCGUGGCCUCCAAUUCUGUGGCAGAUCAGACCAAGCACUACCUGCUAUAUGUUUUGGUCAGCCCCAUGUUUCCUGGAGAGGCCCACGAUGCAACCAGAGAAGAUGUUACUGUGAUCAUCAACAACCCCAUCUCCCUCAUCUGUGAGGCUCUGGCCUACCCGUCUCCCAACAUCACCUGGCUCAAGGACGAGAUUCCCCUUGAAGCCUCUAGAAAUGUUCAUCUGCUCCCUGGUGGCCAUGGGCUGCAGAUCCUGAAUGCCCUUGAAGAGGAUGCAGGCACGUACAGUUGCAUCGUGACCAAUGAGGCUGGGGAGGCUGUGAAGAACUACACUGUGAAGGUCCUGGUUCCUCCUUGGAUUGCCAAAGAUGACCCUUCAGGGGAAUUUGCUGUGACAGAAGUGAAAACCAAGGUCAACAGCACCGUGACACUGGAGUGCGAAUCUUGGGCUGUUCCUGAGCCAACCAUCCAGUGGUACAAGGACGGGCAGCUCCUGGUAAGUGCUGGUCACCUCCAGAUCCUUAACGAAGGACAGAUCCUUCAGAUCAAACCAGCCAGCGUCUCAGAUUCGGGGCAUUACACUUGUGUUGCUACCAAUGCUGUGGGUGAAGAUGACAAGGACUUCAGUGUGCAUAUCCAAGUGCCACCACUGUUCCAGAGGCCAAGGAGUGCCAAUGAGGCCUUUGAGAUCCUCUACAGGGAAGAAGACCAGGAUGGGGAGGUGGUAGAGCACCGACAGGCUGUACUUGACAACCCUGCUGCGCUCUACUGUGAAACCAGUGCCAUCCCACCCCCCCGGCUCACCUGGUACAAGGAUGGAGAGCCGCUCUCCUCCAGCGAGGGAGUGCUGAUAUUGCUAGGGGGCCGGGUCCUGCAGCUCCCCGCAGUCCGGGAGGAGGAUGCGGGCAGGUACACGUGUGAGGCAGCCAACGACGCGGGAGAGGACCGGAUGCACUAUGAGUUUGAGGUGCUGACUCCCCCUGUCAUCCAUGGGAGCAUGGAGGACCUUGUUGAGGAGGUGACCGCCACUGCCAACAGCACCAUCCACUUGAAGUGCGAAGCCACUGCGAACCCGGCACCUGCAGUUUCCUGGUUCUGGAAUGAUGUCCCCAUUGUGGCUGGCCCACGGCACCAGUUCCUGGAGGACGGCGAGGUCCUGCAGGUGGUGGCAGUGGAGGCGAGCGACGAGGGCAGCUACACAUGCGUGGCUGAGAACCCAGCUGGCUCUGCUGAGAAGCACUUUGCCCUCACUGUGCAGGAACCACCCCGGAUCAUGGGCGCAAACCCUGAAAGCGUUGAUGGCGUUGUCGACGGCAGCGUCUCGCUGGUGUGCGAUGUCCGAUCCCACCCGGAUGUGGAGAUCAUAUGGUAUAAGGACGGCCACAUUCUGCAGCUUGGUGAGGAAGCUUUCGUCACCUCAGGUUUGCGCAUCCUGCAGAUCCCCCGUGUGCAGCUUUCCAGCACAGGCAUAUACAUGUGCGUGGCUCUGAACGCAGCUGGCAGAGACGAGAAGCUCUUCAUCCUCACUGUCCACGCUCCACCAGCCGAGACCCCGGUGCCGGCAGGCCCGCGGCCGGCAGUGACGGUGCAUGCCGGGGACACGGCCGUACUGCGCUGCAGCUUAGAGGAGCAGCUGGGAUCCACGGUCACCUGGUACAAGGAUGGGCAGGAGCUGCUGGCGGCGGAUGGUGGCCGCAUCCUGCUGAAAGGCUGGUGGCUGGAGAUAGAAAACACCCAGGGCUCGGAUGAAGGGCUCUACAGCUGCUGGGUAGCCGGCACUGAAGGAGAAGCGGUGCAGACCCUCACCAUCCAAGUGCCCCCAGGCAUCGAGGACCCGCGGCAGGAGACGCUCGACGCGGCCAUGGGAAGCCCCCUCGUCCUGACGUGCGAAGUCACCGGCACGCCUGUGCCCACCGUCACCUGGCUGAAGGACGGGCGGCCACUGGGGAGCAGCGCGGAGCGGGGCCUGGUGUCCCGGGGCGCCCAGCUCCACCUCGGCCCCUUGCAGCCCUUCCACCAGGGCCGCUACACGUGCCUGGCGCGGGGCCCCGACGCCGAGGCGCGCAAGGACUUCCUGGUGCUGGUGCGAGUGGCACCGCGGAUCGUGAGCGCGGGGGUCCCCGGCGAGCACAGCGUGCUGGAGGGCAGCGGGGUGACGCUGGCGUGCCGGGCCGAGGGGCAGCCCGCCCCGCGGGUCGCCUGGCUGAAGGACGGGCAGCCCCUGGGGCUGCAGCCCCCGUCGCGCGCCCGGCUGGCUCCGGACGGCAGCUCUCUGCUCCUCGAGGGGCUCCGGGCCGCCGACGCGGGGGCGUACACCUGCCUGGCCCGAAACAGCGCCGGCGAAGACACGCGGCUGCACACGCUGAGCGUGCUGGUUCCCCCCGCCAUCGAGGGCGGCGGCGCGGAGGAGGUCCGCGGCGUCCUCGCCGGGCUGGUGACGCUGGAGUGCCAGGCGCGGGGCUCGCGGCCCCUGCAGCUGAGCUGGCUGAAGGACGGGCUGCCGCUCCGCCUGUCGCCCCGCGUCCGGCUGCUCUCGGCCGGGCGCACCCUCCGGAUCUCUCCUGCGCAGGUUUCCGACGCCGGGCUCUACACCUGCGUCGCUGCCAACCAGGCAGGGGUGGCCGACCGCAGCUUCGUCCUGCAGAUCCAGGUGCCCCCUGCGCUGGAGGGGACGCCAGAGAGCAGUGAGGAGCAGGCGGUGAUGGCAGGCUCCGAGGUGACCUUCACCUGUGAAGCCAGCGGCUCUCCAGUGCCGGCGCUGAGCUGGCUGAAGGACGGCGAGCCCCUGGUGCUGCAGAGCACCGAGGGCUCGCGGCUGCACCUGGAGGCGGUGGGGCCGGCCGAUUCGGGAGUUUACUCCUGCCGGGCUGUGAACGAGGCGGGUGAAGCCAGCAAGCACUUCCACCUGGUGGUGAUGGAGCCGCCCCAUGUCGAAGCCCCAGCCCAGCCGGUUGAGCUGUCCAUUGCUGCGGGUGCCCUGCUGGAGCUGACGUGUGUGGUCACCGGCGUUCCCAUGCCCACUGUCACCUGGGAGAAGGACGGGCGGCUGCUGGCUGGGCCCCAGCUCACAGCUGGGAACGAGAGCACCCUGCGGAUAGAGAGCACCGAGGUGGCCGAUGCUGGCUUGUACACCUGCCUGGCCACUAGCCCUGCUGGGGAGGACAGCAGGACCUUCCAUGUCAGAGCCGAAGCACCCCCCAGCAUCGCAGGGGCCGGAGAGACCCAGAGCAUCGCCGCCCCGGCGGGAGGGCAGCUCACCUUGGAGUGCCCCGCGGACGCCGUGCCACCUCCCCACAUCGAGUGGCACCGGGAGGGCUCCCCCCUGCAGGAGGAUGCUCGCACGCGGGUCCUGGCCGAGGGGCGCGUCCUGCAGAUCCAGGUGCUGCUGGUGACGGACGGCGGGGAGUACAGCUGCACCGCCAGCAACGCGCUGGGGAGGACCAGCCUGAGCUUCCAGGUGGACGUUCACGUGGCCCCGCAGAUCCAGCCGGGCCCCGAGGCGGUGAGCGUGCCUGCCAACGGGUCGGCCGUGCUGCCCUGCGAGGCGGAGGGGUGGCCUGUGCCCCAGGUGACGUGGCGGAAGGAUGGCCAGCUCCUGCCCCUUCACGAGAGCCCCAGGCUGCGGCUCCUGCCGGGAGGCUCCCUGCAGAUAGACCCCGUUCAGGUCCAGGAUUCGGGCAACUACUUCUGCGUGGCAUCCAGCCCCGCCGGGUCUGACCGACGAGGCCUCGACCUGCAAGUCCUGGUCCCUCCCGCCAUUGCCCCCGGGCCCUCCAACUUCACCCUGGUGGCCCAGCAGCCGGCCUCGCUGGCCUGCGAAGCCACGGGCUCCCCCGCGCCCCGCGUGACGUGGGAGAAGAACGGCCGCCCGCUGAACCCCCACCUCCCGCCCGGCGCCUACAGGCUGCAGCCCUCGGGCUCGCUGCUCAUCGCCAGCCCCGGCCUCCGGGACGAGGGGCGCUUCGAGUGCGUCGCCGCCAGCGCCGCCGGCGAGGCCCGCAAGCUCUUCCUCGUGUCCGUCCACGUGCCCCCCACCAUCGCUGACGACCUCGCGGACGUGGUCGUCGCCCGGCUGUCCCCCGCCGUCCUCACCUGCUACGCCUCCGGCGUGCCCCCGCCGGCGGUGUCCUGGAGCAAGGACGGGGCUCAGCUGGGGCGCCGCGGAGGGGGCUACCGCGUCCUGCCCACAGGCGCCUUGGAGAUCGGGCAGGUGCUGCCUGCCCACGCCGGCCGCUACACCUGCACGGCGAGGAACGCCGCCGGCACGGCCCGCAAACACCUCCUGCUCACGGUGCACGAGCCCCCCGUAGUGAAGCCCCUGCCCGGCAUGGUGAUGGUCAUGGUCAACGCCAGCGUGGUGUUAUCCUGCGAGGCGACCGGCGUCCCUCCACCGGUGAUCACCUGGCAGAAGGAAGGCGUCAGCAUUCCCAGAGGGCCUGGGUUCAAAAUGCUCCCCAACGGGCAGCUGCACCUCCUGCGAGCCGCCGUGGAGGAUGCUGGCAUCUACCUGUGUGUGGCUGAAAACCCCUCGGGCACUGUCUCGGGGAGGACCAGGCUGAUUGUGCAAGUGCCCCCGGCCAUCGAGGCUGGCCCCGCAGAGCUGGCUGUGCUGGAGGGGCUCGAGGUCCUGCUGCCCUGCGCGGCCCGGGGCAUCCCGGAGCCCCGCGUGUCCUGGAGCAGAGAGGGAGCCCCGGUGCGGGGCCGCGGCGCCACGGCCACCGUCCUGCCCUCCGGGGAGCUGCUGCUCAGGGACGUCCAGGAAGGGGAUGCCGGGAGCUACUCCUGCACGGCGGCGAACUCGGCCGGGAAAGCCGUCCGCCGGCUCCGUCUCUCCGUCCUCACCCUCCCCACCUUCACCCGGCGGCCCGGGGACCUCAUCCUGAGCCGGGGCGAGCGGCUGGAGCUGGUCUGCGCCGCGAAGGGCAACCCCGAGCCCCGCAUCACCUGGACGGCCGACGGGCGGCCCGUCACCGACGGCGUGUCGGAGCAGAGCGGCCGGAGCACGCUGCGGCGGGACGCCGUCACCCCGGCGGCCGGCGGGACCUACGCCUGCCGCGCCGAGAACAGCGCCGGCGCCGUCAGCGCCAUCAGCGUCGUCCGCGUGCGGGAGCCCCAGCAGGUGCGGGGCAGCCUCGUCGGCGUCGUCAACGCCCGGGAGCUCGGCGUCGCCGCCCUCGCCGCCAGCGCACUGGACGACCCUCGCGCCGGCACGGCCGCCGUGCGCAGCAGCAUCGGCAGCAUCCCGGCCUCCGUCGGACCGCUGAUGCGGGUGCUGGUGGCCGUCGUUGCCCCCGUGUACUGGUCCUUCGCGCACGCCGCGGGGGACGCCCGGAGCGGGUUCCUGCUCACCCAGGGCAGCUUCAGGCAGCGGUCGCAGGUGGAGUUUGCUACAGGGGAGCUCCUCCGCAUCACCCACACCGCCCGGGGCUUGGACGCCGGCGGCGCUCUGCUGCUCGACACCGUGGUCAGCGGCUCCGUGCCGGAGAGCGUCGCCGAGGCCGCGGUGCUGCUGCAGGAUUUCAGCGAGCGCUACGUCCAGACGGGCCCGGGGCAGCUCUACGGCGACUCGGUGCAGAGCUUCGUGCAGGAGGGGCUCCUCGCCCGCGCCCGCUGCAACCACAGCAUCGAGUACGACCCCGCGCUGGGCCGGCAGCCGCUCCGGGUGCAGCACCUCCGGGCCAGGUCAGUCAGAGCCUCCUUCGACCCGGCCUCGGAGGAGCUUCUCUUCCAGCUCAGCGCCUCGCUCGAUGCAGGGGCGAAUGGAGACGAGUGCCCAGCAGGAUUUGUCCUGGGUCCUCAGCAGCUGUAUUGUGUCGAUGUUGACGAAUGCGCCCGGGGCUCCCACGGCUGCCGCUACCGCCAGGUCUGCGAGAACGCGCCCGGGACGUAUCGCUGCGCGUGCCCUCGCGGCUACCGCUCGCAGGGCGCUGGCCGGCCGUGCUUGGACGUGGACGAGUGCCUGCAGGUUCCUCGGCCGUGCGCCUUCGAGUGCCGUAACCUCCCGGGCAGCUACGCCUGCCUGUGCCCGCCUGGCAGAGCCCUGCUGCCGGACGGCACGGCCUGCGGCGAGCCGGCGGCGGUGGCGGGCGGCAGCCCCCCCGGACCCACCCCCGGGCGCCGGCUGCGGCCCGGCGGCCGCCUGCGGGACGCGUCCCUCCACGCCCGGCUCCUCGUGGGCCGCGGGGGGCCGGCGCCGGGGCUCGGCGUCCAGACCCCCUGCCCGCCGGGGUUCGUCAGGAGGAACGGCGCCUGCGCCGACCUUGACGAGUGCCAGAUGCUGAACCAGUGCCAGCACGAGUGCAGGAACAGCGAGGGCAGCUACCGGUGCGCGUGCCCCGCCGGGUACCGGCUGCUGCCCAACGGCCGGACCUGCCACGACGUGGACGAGUGCGCCGAGGGCGCGAAGCGGUGCAGCGCCGGGCAGCUCUGCUUCAACACCCGCGGCGGUGCCCAGUGCGUGGAGGCGCCCUGCCCGGCCGGCUACCGCCGCGGCUCCAGCCCCGGGCUGUGUUUCCGCCGCUGCGCGCCGGACUGCGGCUCCGGCAGCCCCUCCACGCUGCAGUACAAGCUGCUCCCGCUGCCCUGGGGCGUCGCGGCCGGCCGGGACGUGCUCCACCUGGCCGCCUUCUCGCGCGGGGCCGCCCUCCGCAACGGCACCCUCUUCACCGUGCUCGAGCGGGAGCCCGGCGCCCCCUUCGCCCUGCGGGACGAGGGCGGCCGGGGCGUCGUGUCCACCCUGCGCCCGCUCCGCGCGCCCGGCACCCACCGGCUGGCGGUGCAAGCCCUGGCUCUGGGCGGGCAGCGGGCGCGCAGCGUCUUCGUCAUCCUCAUCUCCGUCUCGCCCUACCCCUACUGACG